AGCCCAACUGAGCUCAAACAACAAAAAGAUAAUGGAUGAUUCAGACAUCGAAGCAGCAGCAAUAUUGCUCCAAAUGCAAGCAGCAGCAGCACUACUCAAUUUUCAAAUUCUGCCAGAAGCUCGUCAACCAAAUGCAGCCAACGCCCCUCCAAAUAACUUAAGGGCAGCUGUCCACGGACCUCCAGGAGUCCCUGAUAACUUGCAAGAAUUUCCAAGAAGACGUCGUUCUGCAAGACCACAGCAUCAAUCAGUGGCAUCGGUUGAGUGGGGUGAAAGAAGAGCACGUUCAGCAAGAGGCAGGUUGCAAGAUUAAUCUAUUUCAAUUAGAGAAAAAUGUUUUUUUGUUUUAUAUCUAUGUUUGUUACUGUGGCAUAACUAAUGUAGAUCUUGCGUUAUGCAAGUUGCUUAUGUAAAAUAAACACAAAUUGGCACA